CGACGCGUGGCGGGCUCUGGCUCGUUCACCCACGAACCCAUUACUCCGCACCCCACAACCCCACAUCCGCCGCACCCCAUCAUAAACAAAACAUUCGCCAAUCGUUUGUCCACACCCUAUCAGUACUCACUCCUCUUUCAAUCUUUCGACCUAGAGGCCUCGAAUACUUAAGUGCACAAUGUCCCAGUUUCUCGAUAGCAACCGCGUGUCCGGCGCGGAGGAUCUCGAGACCAUCGCCGUAGCCCAAGACGUUAAAUCCACGGCCAAGCGACACGAAGCAAUCCGAGAUGCCAAAUACAAAGCAACCUUUGAAGCCAAUCUCGAAGCCAAUCUCGAAGCCAAUCUCGAAGCCAAUCUCGAAGCCAAUCUCGAAGCCAAUCUCGAAGCCAGACGCAAUGUCAAUCCCGAAGCGAAACUCAAGGACAACCGAGAAUCCAAGCUUGAAGCCCACCGAGAAGCCAUCCCUGAAGACAAUCGCGAAGCCAACCCGCGAUUCAAACGCAAGGCCAGCCGACAAGCCAGCCCGGCGGCUAAACGUAAAGCCGACGCCGAAACCAUCCCCGAAGCUAGUCGCAAAGCCAACCUCGAGGCCUGUCCCAAAAUCAACCUCGAGGCCUGUCCCAAAGCCAACCACGAAGCCAUACCUGAAGACAAUCACGAAGCCAACCUCGAAGCCAGCCGCGAAGCGAACCUCGAACUCUAUCCCGAAGCCAAUCCUACGGCUAAACACAAAUCCCACUUCGAAGCCAACCACGAAGCCAACCACGAAGCUCACCUCGGUUGGAUCUUCGAAAAUAAAUACGAAGCCAACUGCCCGGCCAAACGCAAAGACCACUUCGAAGCCCUCUUCGAGGCCAAGCGCAAAGCCAGUCCCGAAGCCAAACGCAAGGCCAACCUCGAAGGCAACCCCGGAGGCGACCGAAAGAGGGGCGAAGCGCACAGAAAGAAGGGCGAAACAUACCGAGAGGACCUUGGAGUCUACAAGAAGGAUCUCGAAGCGUACAUAAAGAGCAGCGAGGCGUACAAAAACUACCUCGAAGCCGAGAGACGAUACUUCGAAGCGAAUCGCGUCAACCUCAAAGCCGACAAAAAGGACCGCAAAGCCCACCAGACGAAGCGCGAUGCCUACAAAACGUAUACCGACGCCUACAGAGAGUACAGCGCAGCAAUUGGAAACGGCGGGGAGAAACCGUGAGGAGAUGCCGCAGGUGGCUCGCCGCAACGUUGUCGCUUCCGACAAAAACGACAACAGGUGUGCGCCGGUGAAGAGGAGGGUGCCCAUGGUGGGCCUGGCAACAUCCUACGUCGGUACCGGUAGGAAAUGAGCGGCUGGAUUCGCGGUCGAGCGGGCGUUCACGGUUCAUGAAUGAUGCUCAUCAAACUACACCGAGAUAGCUACGAGUAUUCCAAGCAACGAGAUCGAGUAGCGAUGGAAUCUUCCGUACCGGCCCCCGUACCAAGAGCACUACCUU